AUGGCAGUAAACAGCCCCAGCGGUUAUCCUCCCAUCUCCCCAAAACCCCUAACACCCAAGAGCCCACGGCAUUUCAUCUUUCCGCAGAAAAGCCCAUCAAUAACUUCGAGCACAUCAUCUUCAGGGUACUACACCCCUCAAUCUGGCUGCAGUUACGAUAAGCAUGCUCCACCAAAAAGCCCUCUUGCCCACGGGCACAGAAGUCCCAUGAGCCCGAGGCAUUUCAACUUCAACCCCCCAAAGUCUCCCUCAGAACACUCCAGCCCCUGCCAUAUCGACAGAGGCCUCCACUACACGACAUCAUUGAAGCACAUUCGACGAGAGAAGUCCAGGUCACCGAAACCUCCUCCCGUGCACAUUCACACAAACCCUGGUUAUGUAUCACCGAACCGAACCAGGAAAUUAUUCAGCUCAACUUCCACAGUGAGUUCUCCACGCAUGGUGACAUCGCCCAGCAUUAUAUCCAGCCAUACUGAUGAUUCCACCGAUGCUAUGGCUGGUACCCCAUCGGCGUUAAUGCAUGACGCUGAUGACGAAGCAACGACAACAUCAUCAAGAGCUUGCCGCAAGUCAACGUCUGAUUUAACGGAUUUUACCGAUGACACUCCACAGACGAGGUCAACAAGCAUCAGUAGACCAUGCUCUCCUAUGCGAAGGGGUUCUGUAAAAGGGGAUUAG